AUGGACCGCGGUGCCACCCAGUUCUCGCAGUCAGGUUUGCCCUCGCCCUACUCCAGCAGCUUCGGCGACCAUCAUUCUGAAGGCUCGUCGGCAGAACACGCGUCUGCUGCUCAGUACCCCGGGAAACAAGACUAUCCCACCUCUGUGACUCCCACCUCGGAGUACAGCGUCUAUCCUCCCUCGGCGCGAUCAGGGUCUUUCUCGGCGGAUCAUAUCCAGCGUUCAUACCAUCCUUCCAGCAGCGCGAGCAGCGGAGGUAUGGCGCAACAACAGAACAGUCCGUCUAUGCCCCAGCACAAUGGGCCUAGCCAUCAAGCCCACCCCGUCAAUUCUGACAACGAUGUGCCUAUAGAUCCGUCUAUUGCGGCUCCGAGUCCAACCUACCCUUAUGGGCAGCACUCGCCGUAUGCGCCGAAUCCAGACAUGUCUCAUGGCUACUCCCAUCAGAGCGGAGGCAUGUAUGCGCAGCCCCGACCCGACUGGGCCGGGUACAGCCAGCAUGGAGCUCCUCCUUUGACUCCCGGCCACCCCGUCUACGCCCAAUCCCCAGCCUCUGCUCCCCAGCAGAGACCUAGCCAGGUCUACUCUUUCGUUCCCAUCCCCGGCGCUCAGCAGCACAAACGCCCCCGCAGACGCUACGAGGAAAUCGAGCGCAUGUACAAGUGCGGCUGGAAUGGAUGCGAGAAGGCCUACGGCACUCUGAACCAUCUCAACGCGCACGUCACCAUGCAGUCUCACGGCCAAAAGCGAACUCCCGAAGAGUUCAAGGAGAUCCGCAAAGAGUGGAAGCAGAGGAAGAAGGAGGAGGAGGCCCAGCGCAAGGCUGAGGAGGAGCGACAGAGGGCAGCGGCAGUGAAUGUCGCGCAAAACGGUGGCGGUGAUCCCCAGGCUCCCGACGGCGCGUCUUCCUCUGGAUAUCCCACGAGACCUGUCCAGCUUCCUCCGAUAGGAUACCAGCCCAACCAGUAUCCUGCUCCCCCUUCCGGCAACGUUGGACAGCAGCCCAUGCCGGAAUACGGAGCCAGCCACAUGUACUCCAACUACCAGCCUCACUCUCCCUAUGCUCAGCCCAGCCAGCAGAACAUGUAUAGCCAAUCAAAUGGAGCGCCUCCCCCUAGCCACUAG